CGCCUCGGUGCCUCAGCCUCUUGUCAAUCCCAAACGGAUUGUUUGUUGUCAAAAUGGAGUUCUUACUUGGAAAUCCGUACGGCACUCCCGUGGGCCAAUGUAUAGAGAGGGCCACAGAUGGAGGCCUCCAGAACGAGGACUGGACCGUCAACAUGGAGAUCUGUGACAUCAUAAACGAGACUGACGAGGGGCCAAAAGAUGCCAUGCGGGCAUUAAAGAAGAGACUUGGUGGCAACAAGAACUACAGAGAAGUGAUGCUGGCGCUGACGGCUUUGGAGACCUGUGUGAAGAACUGUGGUCACAGGUUUCAUGUGCAGGUGGCCACCAGAGAUUUCAUCGAGGGUGUGUUGGUCAAAGUCAUCUCCCCCAAAAACAAUCCUCCAACCAUCGUACAAGACAAAGUGCUGGCGCUCAUACAGUCCUGGGCUGAUGCCUUCAGGAGCAGCCCUGAUCUCACUGGUGUGGUCCACAUUUACGAAGAGCUGAAGAGGAAAGGCAUUGAGUUCCCGAUGGCGGACCUGGAUGCGUUGUCUCCCAUCCACACACCGCAGAGAGGAACCCCAGAGGUGGACCCAGCCAUGAUCAAGUACCUCGCCCCGGUCUCUCCUGCCGCUGUGACCCCUUCCCCCAUCCCAUCUCCUGGCCCCCCCACACACACCUCCCAAGUGCCGGGCCCCAUCACAGCAACCCCUGACCAGGUGAGGCGCUUGAAUGAACAGCAACACAGCACUGAGACCGCCCUCAUCAAGAGCACCAACGAUCUCCUCAUUGCUUCUGACUCUGGCCUCCUCAGCAUCCUCAUCCUCCUGGACCUCUCUGCAGCGUUUGACACCAUCCUCCUCAUCCGCCUCUCAGACCUCCUAGGUAUCACUGGCACAGCGCUGUCUUGGUUCACAUCUUACCUCCAUAACAGGAAACCGUUUGUCUCCAUCAACGGCUCAAAUUCACCCCCGGCCCCAGUCCACCACGGUGUACCCCAGGGCUCUGUGCUUGGCCCCCUCCUGUUCACCAUUUACAUGCUCCCCCUCGGCCAGAUCAUCCGACAUCAUGGACUCAAUUUCCACUGUUACGCUGAUGAUACCCAACUGUAUCUCAGCACCACUCCAUCCUCCCAGCUCCCCCCUCAGUCUCUCAUCAACGGCCUGAAUGACAUCAAAGCAUGGAUGUCCUGCAACUAUCUCAAACUAAACAGCAGGAAAACAGAGCUCAUGGUUGUGGCACCCAAGGCGCUGCUCCAGAAGGUUGGUGACUUCAUCCUCGAGGUUGACGGCUGCUCCAUCUCCCCAUCUCCUGAAGCCCGCAACCUGGGUUCAUGUGAUGAGAUUUCUGCUCUAGAAAUCCGUAACGUGGAGCUGCUGAAGCUCCGGUUUGGAGAGUCCCACAUGCAUUACUGCGAGGUCAUGCUGAAGGAGCUGAACCGAACCUGCAGGGCGAUGCAGCAGAGAGUCGUCGAGCUGAUUUCACGCGUCUCUAACGAAGAAGUGACUGAGGAGCUGCUGCAUGUCAACGACGACCUGAACAACAUUUUCCUCCGAUACGAGCGGUACGAGAGGUACAGGUCGGGCAGAGCGGCACAGAACAACGGGAUGUUGAAUGAAGCCACGGAGGACAACCUGAUCGACCUGGGCCCGGGCUCCCCCGCUGUGGUCACACCCAGGAUCAACAGCUCCAGCCCAACACACCGCAUCGCAGGGGCCACUGCCUCCCCAGCCCGUAACCCACCUACAGCCUCGCUAACAUCUGCAGUAGCGAGUAUCGAUGUGUCUUCAGACAGCGGGAGCCGACCCCCCUCUUCUCUACCGGGCCACAACAAGGAUGACUUCGACAUGUUUGCCCAGACCAGGACCAGCUCUCUGGCUGAUCAGCGCAAAAAUGUAAAGUACGAGGACCCUCAGGCUCUGGGCGGCCUUGCCUCAGCUCUGGAUGUGAGACAGCAGAAUGCAGGCGGGCUGAGGGUAGAAGGGGAUGAUAACCCAGCAGAUCAGGAGCUGCCCAUAGACAGCUGGCUUAUUACCCAAGGAAUGAUCCCAGUACCGCAGUCCUCUGUCAUGGAUGACAUAGAGGAGUGGCUCUGUGCUGACGUGAAAGGGGAUGCUGCUGAGGAAGGGGUGACCAGUGAAGAAUUCGACAAGUUCCUGGAGGAGCGAGCAAUAGCUUCGGACUCCCUGCCGUCUCCCCCGGGAGCUCACCCUUCUCACCCUGCUCGUGCCGCUGAUGGCUCCCACAAGAAGGCCGAGCGGACAGAGGACACCCUCUUUGCCUUGUAGACUGUUCUCAGAGACCCUGGAUCUCUCUCCGGUGGCCUCUAAAGGUCUUCGUCCUAAAUGAUCCCUCCGAGACAGUCCCUCCUGUCCCAUUUCAUCGCUAACUGGCAGUGGGGUAGCAAGCUAUCUCCAGCUCCUUGUCAUUCUCUUGCCACGGUGUUGCUCUAACAUGCAGAGAUUGUUUACUGUGCACAACUGUUUUGCGCUUUACUAUAUAUGGAUGUAUUAACCUGUUACUGUGGGAUGUAUUACUCGCGGCCCUGCAUCUCAUUUGUAACACUCCACCAAAGGAAGACAACCUAACUGGUCAGAUGUGGUUUUUAAAUGUGGUAUAUUACUGCGAAAUGAAUGGAAGGGUUCACAGGAGGUCCAUGAAUUGAGUCAGUACGGAAGCAUACAAUUGGGAUUAUAUGUUGCUUCACUACAUUCAGCUAAUUGCUAAUGUAUGCAUUUAUUGUUUUAAAGAUAUGUUCUAUGACGUACUACCAGCGCUGUGGUUAUGGUUGAUCCAGGCAUUUUCUUUUCUCUGCAAAUACUCCAGUUAGAGCUUUCGUAACGCUUUUAAUACUGGAUGUGUGGACAGCAACAUGUGGUAAUAUUAACUGAAGCAGUAUGGACAAAAAAUGUAUGUAAGCAGGCUGAUCUUAACAAGGGAUGUGAUAGCUAAACUAUAUAUAUAGCUACUCUUGAUGAGUGUAUGCCAGCAUUCCUCUAACCAAAGGAAUACAAAACUAAAAAUCUAAAAAGCACCAGUUAGGAUUCUAAUUUAAAUGGCUAUGGGGAUGGAACGUGCCCAUUAAGUGUUUCCUAUCAAGCUACGAUAAAUUAGUUGGCUGCUUUUGAACGAUUACAACAUUUUUUUUUUAGCCAUUCCAAAGAAUAGUAAGGCUUUAAUUAACAACUAGCUCUGAAAUGAAUCUGUAGAACAGUAAUCAUGUUCAUGUGUUAUAGAGGUUAAGGGAUCACUAACAGUUAUUUCCCCUACUAUAUUAAUGUCUGCACUUUGAAGCAAAAACUGUAUUUUGUCCUUUGUGUUUACGAGAUGGUUACUAUUUUUCUAUGCGAUGGUAAAAGGUCUUAAGAUUGACUUCGUCUUGCACAUAACUUUUGUAUCUGUAAUCGUAGCGCUGUUCACACAGAAGUGGAUUGAUAGAGGGUUCAAUUAAUGAUUACAAAAACGUAUAAGAAUAGUAAUAAUGAGCUAGAUGGACAGAAUAUGGCAUCUAAAUUAGCAGCUUAGUGGUGGCACCAUAAUCAACUCACAUACAAAAUGUAUAGCUUACAAUAUUGCACUAUUGAGUAUUAAGUGUGUAUCCGUAUAGAAAGAGCUUAAUUUACCCUAAACUAUGUAAUCGAUAUACCUCAUAAUAUAGCAAUUUGAGUUAUAACACAUGUAUUGGCUUAUGGAUCGUAUCCAGAAGGCAGAGAGGUUUAUGUGUCAUUCCAUCCCCUUAUUGUAUUUUUUUCUAGUUUAUGCAAAAACGUGUUUAGGUCCUUUAUCAUGUAUUUAUUUGUGGUUGAGGCUGAAGAAGGCAGCAAACAAACACAAUACUUUCUUUGAUUUGUGCAGGCAAAGGCAAACUUAUUCUUGGUUUCUUUUCAUUCAGCAUUAUUCAUCGGCUCCUGUUGUAGCUGCUGCCAAGCAUGUCUGAUUUCAGCAAAGUAUCUCUGACAGGAGUUCCUGUUGUCAUUCCAAUUUUUUUGCUGAGGCUCUGGUUUGUUUUACUGAUGCACUGCACUUGAAAACUUGAACGAUUUUAUUCCUUUUGUCAAUUAAAGACCAAAAGCUUUCUUAAAAAGGGCAUCCCACAUUUUUAGAAGCUUAAUUCCUACAUCAACAUUACUUGUCAGUAGAGGGAAACAUUCCUGAUUUCUUAUACGUUGUUAACAUAAUUGCAAUGGUGACAUUAUACAAUUCUGUGUCUGCAUAAUCAUUAUGUUAAAUAUUGACAUGUAUUUUAGUUGAGUAAGAUUAAUGAUUUAUGAGCUUUAACUUUUUGUUUAAUGCAUGUGGUUAUACAGGUUUAAUAUGGUCGCCAGGUAACUGAGAUAAUAGCGUUACAUUUACAAUCAACCAUUGUGUUCACUUUAAAACAACCUUCUACAAUUGCAGGCUGAACGAAGUAGUAUUAAAAACGUAACAUGAGAUCCUUUAAAAGGGAACUUGAGUAUUUUUCAGUUUGUGUGUUUAGUAUCUCUUGAUCUGUAACGGAUUGUUUUGUGUAAGUUGCUUUUAUGAAGCUUGAGUCCUGAUUGCAACAUGCAUUCCUCUGAUUUUUGGCUAUCUCAAAAUGGUUACUGAAUGUCUUUUAAUACUAAUGAAGCCGAUCAAUCAGCUGAUAUUUGUGGACAUGGAAGAGAGGCUAGUUUUGUUUCCAUGCCAGUGUGGCUGUGCUGUCUGCUGCCAUUACUAACGGUCAGACUUUGUUUGACCUAAUGCACGUAUGUAACUGCCCAAUAAAACACUAGCAAUGUGUGACCGCUACCUCACAA